CGUCACCAUUUUAUCCCCAUUUACAAACCACACAUAUUGAUGAUGAUAAAUAGUUAGUUAUCAUAGGGGAAAAUGGAGGAGAAACCAACUAUGAGUGAUAUCGAUUUGGACAAGAUCCUUUCUACACCUCAAGAAGUACCACAUUCCGUUGAGGUGGUACUGAGGAAAUUGGAAAUUGCUGAAAUGGGUCGAGCUAAACGAGACAUGGCAGGGAGACUGCACGUGAUCCUGAACAGUGUAAACAAGGCGCUGUGCCGCAUGCGCUUGGCCUCGGCUGUAGAGGAGGAGGAUGAUGACCUGAUAACACAAUCACAGCAUCUGGAGGAGAAGCGCAGGCGUGGCCAGCAGGUCGUCACUAUCCAAGCAUUCCUACAGUCCAGCCAGGACAAGGAAAAUGAGCUCAGCGUGGUCCUCCAGUGGCUCAGAAACAUGAACCAGGAGCUGGUGGAGGUGGAGGAGGAUGAGGACUUCCGGGAGGUGGAUGGUAUCACUGAGGAAUGGGUUGAGGAGAUGCAAGACAAGAUCCAGAGUUUCAUGUCGGACAUCCAAGCUUGCAUUGUUCGUCUUCACGAGCUUUGUGGAUUCCUCUUUGAACUCGACACCAGGAAAACCAAAAAGAAAGAAGCAGAACAUAAGAAGGGAGGUGUGUGGCACUGGUGGCUAGAGUCAAAAGUCGAUGCCAGGACGAUACUGAAGAUCCAGGAGCUGCAGCCGCCCACAGUGGACCGCAUGAUGGCGGAGCCCAGCCUGGCCACCAAGUCUUCCACAGAUCUGUCCUUCAUGCUGGGUGACAUCUCCAAGUCCAUGUCCUGCAACAAGGCCAUGAGCAUGGCCUUUAAGUUCAUUCAGACGGGGCUCCACAACCUAAACGAGGCUCUGCAGGAACGCACAUGCGAGGCCCACAAAGCCCAAGCCCAACUGGAUGAGAUGAAGGCUAAUGACUGCCGUGCUAACCUGGCCCGUGCCAAAGCAGAGCUGGAAGGGGGCAAGACAAGGAUCACCAAACUGGAGGGAGAUAACUAUAACCUUCAGGAGGAGAUCGCAGCGCACAAGUUCCAGAUCCACAAGCUGGAGGGAAUGGUCAGGUCAGGUCAACAGGGUUCUGUGAUUAAAGUGAUUGAGCCGGUGAUAGAAUUCCCCAUGACUCAGAGCCAAACCCAGCCAGAGAGCACCUCAGUCCCAUUCAAUCCGAAAUAUCCCAGACGGCCCCCUCCGUCUAAGAAGGAGCAGAAGCCAAAGAUAGCACCAUCAGUGGUGGAAUCACAGCUACCCAAGAGCCCACCCAAGACUGCGGCUGGGACGGAGCCAGAGUCCAUUGAGGAGGAGUAUGUCGAAGAGGAGAUACCUCCCACACCUUCCCCUGUGUCUGAAGAGGAGAUCAAGCCCGAGACAUCACCUGAUGAAUUGGACCUCUUUGAGGCCAUGGAGAAGAACAGCACCAGCCUCUUGGAUGGCUUCCAGUCAUCUGUGUUCAACAUAAUUGAAAAGUCCCUCAGUGUUAAGGGUAUAGGCCUAGAGGCAGACAAGGCCAACGACGCCAUCAAACUCUACAUCAUCCUUCAGAAAACCAUCCGAAACUCCUUCAACAACAUCACCUCCAAACUCCAUGGGAAAUUUACAGACAGCAUCCUGGGCAUGCCGUUUGAGGAGGACAAAGUGGCUUGCGAGGGGUUCUGGGACGACACCACCAAGUCACCAGGGGACAUGCUCAAAGAGAUCAACUCUAUGUUCGUCAGCCAUGACCAGAACAUUGAGAGUUUGGGCGCCAAUGUGCACAUGCUCAUGAAAGAAGAAGACAAGAACGCCAAGUCUGCUUCCAAGAAAGGACCCCACCAAGAAUGCCGUCACUCUGUGUCUGAGGUCCUGAUCCAGUUGAAGAACAUCAACAACAUGAGCAAGCAGCAGACCUGUAAGAUGCGCCUGGCCCUGGAGAACCUCAUAGACAACAAGUUGGAUAAUGAGCCCAAGACUGAGGAGGAACAGCGAUUCACCAGCCAUUUCUCCAUCUCGUCCUCUGACAGCUUUGUAGAGGAAGAGGAGAUCAGAGUGGAGAAGAAACGCCACCACCACAUCGAGAAAACUGUCAAAGUACCGGUAGAGAAGCGAAUCAAGAGGAGACAUACUCCACAUCAGACAACGAGGCAAGUACUGAAACCCAGACUUAUAGAAACAGCCAACCAGGGGGACAUGGAGCGGUAUAAGAUGGAGAUUGAGGAGGAGGGGAGGAAGAUAGAGAAAACGGUGAUGGUGGGGGCGACCUACCAGGUGAACGUGGUGUCUCAGAGGACCAACCUGAAUCUCCUGAGGCAGGCGGCGAUCAGCGGGGAGAUCUCCACUGAGCUGUACAGCAUGGCCAAGGACCUCAUCACACACAUUCUGGGCAUGGAUGAGAUGAGACUGGCCUGCCUGCUCCGCAAGUUCAUGGCCUACAGAUCAGUGCAGCAAGUCCGUUACAAUCUGAAUAUGCAGUUGGUUGCUGCUCGGGAGCUAAAGGAUGGACAGUCGGUAAAAGAAAUAUACUCCUUCCUGACGAAACUGGAUGUGUACCAGAAACGGAUGUUGCGUCGGUGGAGUGCUAAACAAGCUGCUAUUGAACACAGCCGCAAGACCUGCCUUGCUCGCAUGCUAUAUCUUUUCAGUGAGAUAAGACAAGACUACAACGUGCACCUGCUCACCCCGUUCCCGUGCUCCAGCCACUCCCGUCAACAUCUGGCCAUCAAGUCCCACAAGCUGACGUGGUCCCUGAACCCUGGUUGCCAGCGCCACCACCUGCCCACUCCAGCCCAGACCCCCCACCUGGUGAUGCCCGCCUCAGAGGCCGGACCCCUGAGCGGAGUCAGGGAGCUGUUGAGGGGUCAGCUACCCACACUGUGGCAUUGUAAUCUGACCAUGAACAACAUGCAGCUGGCCAGGAAGAUGGCCUCUCCCCCCUGCAACCUCUCCUCCAUCCCCCUGCUGAUGCAGAUGGACGUCAACCAUAGCCGAGCCACUGCACUGCGCUCUGCACAGGACAGGUAAGGCCUCACACACUGCAUCAACUGGUAUCAAUGGAUAGGAACUUAGAGAGCAGCAAGGUUUGGACAAUUCAAGGCAAGAUCUUAGUAUUUUAGGAUUAUGUCCUUCCCCUGGUGAAAGGUAUAGACUGCUUGUGAUAUUGAGUUUCAGUUCUAAAUUCUCAUUGGUUUGUGAUGCGUGAACUGCAGUGGUGUAAAGUAAUUAAGUAAAAAUACUUUAAAGUACUACGUACUUAAAGUAGUUUUUUCGGGGUAUCUGUACUUUACUCUAUUUUUGACAACUUUUACUUCGCUACAUUCCUAAAGAAAAUAAUGUACUUUUUACUCCAUACAUUUUCCCUAACACCCAAAAGUACUCAUUGCAUUUUGAAUGCUUAGCAGCAUAGGAAAUGGUCUAAUUCCACCACUUAUCAAGAGAACAUACC